AUGAAGUUGCGGGUAGAAGCAUGUUCCGGCCAGAUUGCUGAUGGUCAGUCGAAAGCGACACAGCCCAGUAGCGACAUAAGCCCAUUGCGCCACUCCAAAUCUCCUUGCCCGCUACUGCUGCUGCGACCGCCGCUACCCAUCGUCCCCUUCCUCUGUUCUCGGCUUGACUUUGUCCUCAAAGAAAUCAAAAUGGCCAAAACACAAGGCUGCCCUGUUGCAUCCUCCUUGGGUACCAGCGCCAUGCACGCCAUAUACGCGCAGGCUUCAGUCUCCCACGGCACAAAGUUACAUACGGGCCGUUCCCGUUCGACAGUCAAACUACAAUACAACUGUCCAAGGUGCACAGAUGCGUACAGUACUUACCGUAGUAUGUUCUGUGCACAAGUCGGUGGUAAUGUACCGGUAGUCGUCAGAGCUAGAAAGAGUCCAGAAAAAGGUUGCGCAGUGAUCUACAACCAGCAAUAUCCCGCGAUCGACAUCAGCCGUGUCUUCUGCAGACCAUCAAGCACAGACGCAGACGCCCCAGAAUCGAAGGGCAAAUCCACGGCCAAUUCGAGUCUCAGGGUUUCGAUGGAUCAUACUUGUAUAGUAGAAGAAGAGUCAACGUCUCGCAGCCUUACCCACUGCUUACACAGGAACUGUCAUGGGGCCCGGCCUGGCCUUGCACUGGCUGCAGGGGUUCUGUUCGUACUAUACGCUUCCAUGCUCCGAUGCUCCGUUUUCGAGUUUUCGACGUUGCCAACUUGGCGUCUUUGGUCUUCGGGCACAUGUAAUCAGACUGCAAAUCUUCGUCCGGACCAGUUAAUGCCGUCACAGUCACAGUUCACUGCGAACAUCCCAGACAGAUGGCCCAUCAUUUGUUUCGACUGUGAAUUUCAAACUUCACGACCUGAGGGAAAGGGUAGCACCACGUAUGCGGUGCAAGCCUCGGACUAUCCUCUUCGUGGCAAGUGA